UUCCGUAAGCUUCCGUCCGGUGCGGCUCGAUACACACCCGCUUCCCGAGAGUGGUGUGUGCGUUUGUGCGUGCGUGCGUGCGUGCGAGUGUGUGAAGGUUCGUUUUUCCGGUCGAACGUGUCGAAACGUGGCACGCGAAACGCGUCGUAGUGCCGUAGUGCCUACUCUCGUCGUAGCGCAAAAAAAAAACAAAAAAAAAAAACAAAAACGGAAGCUGCUGAGUGUCCCCGCCGGAAAGGUGCCGAGUGUGUGAUUGGGCCAGCCCUAUCAAUCAACACUUCUAUCAACCCUCCCCGGGAUCGUCCCCUGCUUGCCGAAUGGCUGGCUGGGUGUCUUUAGCGUUCUCUUUCGAUGUUUCCUGCAGCACGGCGAGAGCGGCCGGUACGUGCCGAAGGAUUGUUUGGCCGCCGCACCGACUGAACUGACCGCAGUGCGUGCCGAGACAGGCAGCGUGCUACCAGGCAUUAGUGGCUCUCCACUCCACUGGUGCGCGAGUGUGUAUGUGUGUGUUUGUGCGCGCGAAUGCAUGCAAAGUGUAAAAUAGUGCAAACCGAAAGCUCAAAAGCCCGCGCCAAAAAUAGUGCCUCGACAGCCUGCAGAAAUAGUGCGCGUCCUCGCGCCAAGAGCGGAUCGCUCGAUCUACCUGCUCAAUAACGAAAACGAUACCAUUGCCCCCGCCCGAGCAGCGGACUCGGACAAUCGUGCUUUUGUUUGCCUGCUGUUGUUCUGCUGCCGUACGGGGCCGUUCGCCUUCAGCCAGCAAACAGUGCAAAAGGAACACUACACGACACCGUACGCGAGCAACAAUCAAACCAAGCAGCGCCGGUUCGGGAGUUUCGGGACGAAAACACCUUCAAGUCAGCUCAGGAGUUUCAGGCUGCUGGACUGCCGUACAGUGCACAUGCAGCCCGACUGGAGUGAUGCGAGGCAAUGAAAAAGGGGGUUUAAAUGGCUUAACUGGUUGAGCUAUGUUAAAGGAGCUGCUGCAUGCUUCGCAAAAAUCUGCCAAAAAAGAUCGUAGAAAUCGUGUGAAGCCUGCAAAAGAAAAAUGUGUUUAGAUUUAAUGCCGUCACGAGCUUUCAACCGUUGCCCGUUGCAGUAGUGUCCAGUGUCGUACUUUGUGUGUUUGUGUGCUGUGUCUCAGUGGUGCGUUCCCUUUUCCCACACAAGUCCCUCGCGCGCGCUCCCCCCCACCAAGCAAGCAGUUGGCCCGGAAUGCCCUGCAAUCGUAGUUCCGCCACCCGCCUGCCUAUCCACCCGGUUCAUUUGUGCACGGUUAGCGGUGAGGAACGGGCCGACCUACUGCCGUCAGCCAACGCGUGAGUGUGUGUGUGUGUGUGUGUGUGUGUGUGUACACUGUUUACAAAGCGAUGCGUGUGCGGGCGGUCGCUCGGUGCCGGAUGGUGGCGGUGGCCUUCGUGCUGCUCGUCCAGCUCGUCGACAGCGGCCAGAUGGAGGAGCUGCAGCUGCGCUCCGGUACGGGCGGGGGCGGUUCCGGCACGACACGGUACCGGACCGGGGCGGCCGACACGCCCGGCAAGGGCCGUGGGCAGGCGGGCCCCGCACCGAUGUACGCGGUGAACGAUAUCGAGUGUCCGAGCUUUGCGGAAAAUUCCGCCUGCCCGUGCUACAAAUUUGAAGAUGGCAUCUUUCUCGAGUGUCCCGGCAUCACGCUGGCGGCCCUCCGCUCGACCCUGCAGGUCAUCUCGUCGCCCAUCCAGUCGCUCUCGGUGUACGACUUUGACCGGUCGGUGAAGACGCUGACGGUGGAUCUGUUCCAGGGGGCGGCGUUCUCCACUGCCGGCGGCAGUGGUGGUGGUGUAGGGCUCGGCCUGGACUCGGCGCCCGCCGGUAACGUGAGCAUCCGGCACCUGCAGUUCUCCCACUCGAGCCUGCAGCAGCUCAAGCCGAACAGUUUGCUGCCCCUGCGGUCCCAUCUCGAGAGCCUGAGCAUUAUCAACGGGAAGCUGACUCAGGUGCCCUCGAAAGCGAUCGUCGGUCUGAAGAAGCUGAUGGUGCUCGAUCUGGACGCGAACGAGAUCGGCACGCUGGAGGACUACGCCUUCCAUGGGCUCCACCUGGUGAAGCUCAACCUGAAAAGCAACCAGAUCGAGCGCGUCCCCACGAACGCGCUGGCCGGGCUGGAGGAGUCGCUGGCCGAGCUCGACCUGUCCGAGAACCGGUUGCGCCAGUUCCCGACGCUGGCGCUUCGCCAGCUGGAGCACCUCCGCCUGGUGCGCCUCUCGAUGAACGAGAUCGCCUCGCUCGAGCCGGACGACAGCUACACCCGGUUCGGGGCGCUCUCCUUCCUCGACCUCAGCCUGAACAACUUCGCCGAGCUGUACGGCGACAUCUUCGGCGCCUUUCCCGCCCUGAAGACGCUCUCGCUCUACAACAACUUCAUCGAGCAGGUGCACCGGGACGCGUUCGUGUCGCUGCACGAGCUGCAGUCGCUCGACCUCAGCCACAACCGGAUCGUCUACCUCGACCCGGACGUGUUCGCGGCGAACCGGCGGCUGCACACGGUCGACCUGAGCCGCAACCACGUGCACUACGUGAGCGGCGUGUUCGCCAACCUGCCCGUGCUGCGCGAGGUCUUCCUCAGCGAGAACAACCUGCUCGAGCUGACGGACGACUGCUUCGCCAACUCGACCGGCGUGAAGGUGCUGUACAUGGAGCACAACGCGCUGCAGCGGCUGGACGGGGAGGCGCUCGCCUCGCUCGCUAGCCUCGAGCAGCUGUUCCUCAGCCACAAUCUGCUCGAAAAGAUACCGGUGCGCUUUUUCGAGCCGACGCCCGAGCUGACCUCGCUAGCGCUCGACGGGAACGCGCUGCUCGAGCUGGACGAGCGGCUGUUCCAGCGGCAGGGGAAGCUGCGCGAGCUGCGCCUCAAUGGCAAUCGGUUGCGGCAGAUCCGGGCGGCGCUGUUCGCGCCCGCCGCCGACCUGAUGGAGCUGCAUCUGCAGAACAACGAGCUGCGGGUGGUGGAGCGCGGCGCGCUCAGCGGCUGCCCGCAGCUGCAGUACGUCAACCUGCAGGACAACGCGCUGGAGGAGCUGGACGCGGUGUUUGCCGGUGGGCCCGGGCCGCACACGCCCGCCCACUCGCCGCUGAUGGCGGUGACGACGCACGGGAAGCUGAUCAGCACGAAGGGCGAGCCGGCGGUGCUGGACGGCGAGCUGGCGGGCCAGCCGGCCGAGUCGGCGCUGCUCUCGAUCCAGCUCAGCGGCAACGCGCUGCGCCAUCUGCACGCGCAAGCGUUUCGCGGCCAGACGAGCGUGCAGAUGGUGUGGCUGGAGCACAACCAGCUGCGCUCGCUCGACCGCGCCCUGUUCGCCGAGACGGUCCACCUGGAGAAGCUGUACCUGCGCAACAACUCGCUGAUCGCGCUCGAGCCCGGCACGUUCGAUGCGCUCGGGCGGCUCAAGCUGCUCGAUCUGUCGCGCAACCGGCUGAGCGACCUGCAGCCGGAGCUGUUCCGCCGGCUGGCCGAGCUGGAGGAGCUGCUGCUCGCGCACAACCUGCUCGGGGCGCUGCGGGCCAACGUGUUCGGGGCGCUGCACGGCCUCCGCACGCUCGACCUCAGCUACAACAACCUGCAGACGCUCGGUGCGGACGCACUGCAGCCGGGCCUGCCGGUGGCGAGCGUGAACCUGCGCGGCUGCAACCUGACGCGGCUCGAGCCGGGCGCCUUCCGCGGGCUGCUCAAUCUGGCCGAGCUGACGCUGGAGGAGAACCGGCUGCCGGCGGGCGAGCUGCGCCAUCUCGACGCGAGCCCGGUGCGCACGCUGCGCCUCGCCGCGAACAACUUUACGGCCGUGCGCGAGGGGCUGCUCGAUCGGCUGGUCUCGCUGCAGGUGCUGGAGUUGGCGCGCUGCGCCAUCGGUGACCUGCCCACCGCCCUGCUCCAGCGCAACGUCAACCUCGUCCGGCUGGAUCUGAGCGAGAACGAGCUGCGCGUGCUGCGCCGCGGCUCCUUCGCCGGGCUGCACGUGUUCAAGGAGCUGCGGCUGCACGGCAACCGGCUGGCGGACUUCCCGCACCUCGCCCUGCUGAACGUGUCCACGCUCGAGGUGCUGACGCUGUCCCGCAACCAGCUGACGGCGAUCGAUUUCUACAAGCUGAGCGGGCUGCCGAACCUGCGCACGCUCGACCUGCACGCGAACAGCAUCACGACGCUGGGCGGGUUCACCGCCGACACGCUGCCCCAUCUCGACACGCUCGAUCUCAGCGGCAACCUGCUGCUGGCGCUGCCGGAGAACUUCUUCAAGCACUCGGUCAGCCUGCAGCGCGUCGACCUGUCGGCGAACCGGUUCGGGCGCAUCCCCAACCUGGCCCUCUCGGAGGCGUCGCUGGCCCGGCUGGCCUGGCUCAACCUUACCGGCAACCCGCUGCAGCGCAUCUCGGCCGACGCCGACCAGCAGCGCUUCCCGCAUCUGCGCGAGCUCGUCAUCAGCCGCACCAACCUGUCGAUCGUGACCAGCAAAGACUUCGAGCUGUACCCGGCGGUGCAGCGGCUGCACCUGGCGCACAACCGCAUCAACCGCAUCUCGCCCGGCGCGUUCGUGGCCCUCGCCAGCCUGCAGCUGCUCGAUCUGAGCGUGAACGAGCUGGAGCUGCUGCCGAAGGAGCGGCUGCAGGGGCUGCGGCUGCUCGAGACGCUCAACCUGUCCACCAACAGCAUCCGCGAGCUGGACGAGUUUGCGCAGGACCUGCAGAAGCUGCGCGUGCUCGACGCGUCCGCCAACCAGCUCGAGCGCAUCCACAAGAACGCGCUGCGCCAUCUGGGGGCGCUGCAGGAGCUAUACUUGAACGGCAACCGGCUGAUCACGGUGGCGUCGGACGCGUUCCGGACGCUGCGCGCCCUGACCCGGCUCGAUCUGCGCAAGAACUACUUCGAGUACGUGCCGCUGCGGGCGCUCAAGCCGCUCGAAACUCAUCUGCAGCAGCUGCGGCUUGAAGAUAAUCCGCUCGUCUGCUCGUGCGAUACGCAGGAGCUGUGGGAGUGGCUGAGCGACCACCGGAAGUGGGCCCGCGGUUACGACAACGUGCGGUGCGAGCAGCCGGCCGAGGUGCAGGGCAAGCUGCUGCUGACGAUGGAACCGCAGGAGUUUUGCGACGUGCCGCUCAUCCUGAAGAUCGCCAUCCAGGACAUCCAGCCGUACUCGGUGCUGGUGUCGUGGCAGAGCCGGGAGCACUCCGGGCUGCACGGGUACCACAUCAUCUACCACUCGCUGGACACGGUCGAGGACAUACGUGGUAAGACGAUGAACCGGUCCUCCAACUCGGCCAAGCUGAACCGGCUGUCGUCCAACACGCGCUACCUGAUCUGCGUGCUCGGGCUCGGCAGCUGGCUGACGUACCACAGCGACAUCAACAGCCUGCUGAACCAGUCGAACCAGCUGCAGAACCAGAUCCUGAACAGUGGCUCGGCCGUGCACAGCGGGUACGCGGCGGGCGAUCUGGACGCGUCCCUGUCGAACACGCUGCUGUCGCUGAUGAUGGACACGCCGACGUCGCGCUGCACCGAGGUGCGCACGCUCGACGCGAUCGGGCCGAACCCGCUGGCCGAGGCGGACGGCAUGUCCGGGCGCAGCAUCAUCCACUCGAUACUGACGCGCCGGCUCGGGCUGAUCGUGGGCUGCUGUCUCGGCAUCGUCGUGUUCAUCGUGCUCGUCUCCGUGCUCGGCUGGCUGAAGAUCAAGAAGCAGCGGCUGGAGGCGGCCAAGCGCCAGCAGCAGCCGCACCAGCCCGAGUUCAUCUCCUACCGGCACUUUUCCAUCCCGAACGACGAGCACGGCCGGGACGGCGUGGCCGGCGCGAUGGGCGCCGUCGUGGGCGGCGGUGGUGGAGGCGGCGGUGGUGGGGUCGCCCUGCUCGAUGGGCAUCCGUCGUUCAUCUCCGGUGCGGUGCUCGGCACCACCACGACCAUGAACGGGGGCGGACCGGACGAGCACAAGAAGCUGUUCCUGACCGACAGUUGAAACGGGCUGGGCACGGUACGGCUGCCCGUCAACGCUUCCCUCGCAACGCUCGAUCUGGUCAAUUACGGCUGAAGCGGUAGGUUGCAGGGUGGACCCAAGGACGGUGGGAGGGGGCGGGGGGGGGACAGGUGCUCUCCCUCUCUUUUUUCUACACCCCACAAACCAAGCGGCAAAUCACUCACAGCCCGCAAAGCAGAAACGAAGCGCGCGUGGAAGCGAGCAAAGGAAACAAACGAACUAGUAAUAAUCAAACAGCAUAGCUAAUGUUACUUGUGGAUAAGCGUUGCCGAGCGAGUGCAUGGAUGGAAAAGGAGUUGACGUAGGGUAUGCAAAAAAAAAAAUUAGUACUCGUGAGCAGUAUCAAAAAGCUCCCAGGGCAAGUGGAACGAUUUUAACGGGCAGAGCACACAAGUGUGAGACUGGAUUUGGCGCACUCCGGCGCCUUCAAAUUUAAGCGCCCAUCUGCAACCGGCGUAGAUUCAUAAAAACGAUUAGGCUAAAUGGAAGAAACACCCUUAAAAGAGAGCGCAAACGAAGAGGAUGCCGGGUUAUAUAAUUUUACCUUUUGUCUUGUUCGUUUUAAAUAUCAAAGUGUUGUCUCGGUAGAUUUAUUUAUUAUGUUUCACUACUCAGCACAAGCAAGAAAUUUCCAUGGCUAUGACAAAAGAUGGAUUAAUCGGCCUUAUACAGCUUCCUUUAACGCUGCGUGGCGGGCGUUUUGCAUACAUUUAGGCGUAACGGCAACGAAAUUAUAGCGAAGCGUGCGAUCCUUUCCAAGCGCCUGCAGCUAUGCAAUCGAGAGUGCGAUAUUGGAUUUUAAUAGACGAGUUUCCCUUUUUUUUUUUAUUGCCCAGCCCGUACCAACUCGGCUCAAUUAUUGGCUGUUUACUCUGUUGCUUCACACACACACACACACACACACACACUGCAGUAAACACAGUUGUUUGAUUUCAAUCACCACUUUUG